CACGACCAACUUUCUCCGCCCAUGAGAAGCACCGCACCCACGAUCGAAAGUACGAUCGAGUCCAUUGUAUAGCUCAACUCGCGUCGUCCGAGUGGUUACCGGCGGUGCUCAGGUCCGACCCCGCGCUCAACUGUAUCAACUGUAUAGGACCGAACUGAAUCGCCGCUGCCGCGGCAUGAACUGUAUAUCACCAAGACCUUCCCUGUUCUUUGCCCUCACGAGGGCCCAAAUUCAAACAACAAGGGCCAGAAUCCGACCCUGGGCGCUAUACAGUUCCUCAUACAGUUUCUGCAUUCUAGUUGAAUGGCCCCAACGAAGCAUUCUCUUUGCUCGAUCACUGAUCGACGCGAAGCAGAGUCACUCACAUUCAAUUUUCUUCUGCACCGCCCCAAUCCCUGGCCUCCUUCCGCCUUCCGCAUGCCGCCGCCCCAAAAGGGGGCAUCCGACUUCGGCCGACUAUUCGAUCACCCCGAUCAUAGUCCAUUAUCACUAUCAUUAUCGCCACUGGUAAUCCCGCUCCGCUUCCAAAAAGGCUACCGCCAAUUAAAUUACCACAAGACAUCCCGCUAAAAGUCCCGAGACGCUUCGCUAAAACCCCCGAAAUGGGUACAUGGUGUUGCCAUUAAUUUCGCC